AUGUUCGCCGAACUCGCCCCCUACCUCUCCAACCCUCGCCAGACGCUAGCUCAGCUCCUCAACUUUGCCCUCGUCCUCUCCACGGCUUUCAUGGGAUGGAAGGCCCUAUCCGUAUACACGAACUCGUCCUCUCCCAUUGUUGUGGUGUUAUCAGGAAGCAUGGAGCCAGCCUUCCAGCGCGGCGACCUACUGUUUCUAUGGAACAAUAGUCCGCGCGCAGAAGUUGGGGAGAUCGUGGUGUAUAAUGUGCAGGGGAAGGAUAUUCCAAUCGUUCAUCGAGUUAUUAAGGCAUUCGGAACAGGAGAUGGAGGGAAGAAGAGCCAACGAAGGCUGGAGAGGGAGGCGGAUAAACGCAGUGGACCCGGCCUAUCCUCACCCGUCUCCCAUCAGAUGCUCACAAAAGGCGACAACAAUAUCGCAGAUGACACCGAACUCUACGCACAGGGCCAAGACUACCUUGACCGCAAACUCGAUAUUGUAGGUAGUGUGCGAGGAUACAUUCCAGCCGUUGGAUACGUGACGAUCAUGUUGGCAGAAAACCCAUGGAUGAAGACGGUCUUGCUUGGAAUCAUGGGCGUAAUGGUGAUGUUACAACGGGAAUAG